AAUUAUGUCCGUUUGCUUAACAUGUUGUCAUUAUCAUCAGCAAACGGCCGUUUUCUUUUCCAAGUAGUGCUACUAUAGCGUUGUUGUCGACGAUCAUCAUCUUACUGUUGGCUGAUAAUUAUUCACUAUCAAAUCUACAAGAACACUCCGACUCAACACUGAUAUGGCAAUCGAAUUCCGCCAUUUGAUGACGCUACUGUCAACAACAAUUGCCUAUGAACAUGAUACCUUUUACGUUGCUCCUGAAAUCCCUCUACAGCCAUACGUCGUUAGCCAUUCGUAUCCAAUUCCAUUAGGUUUCAGCAAUCACGUCGAUGAAACCAUGGCGGCCAAGGCGUUUGUGCUUAACUCGGAGUCGGUAGAGGGUCAAGUUAAGUUCUAUCAACCGCACGACCGAUCGCCCGUGUUUAUCGUUGGUAAUCUGAAAGGAUUACGGGCUGGCGCGUACAGUCUGUUCAUAACGAAAUUCGGUAGUAUGGCCGACGCUUGUACUAAGACAGGGCCUAUUUGGGGCAUGCAUUUUGCAGGUCAAGACUAUGGUUGGCCGAGGGCUAACAAGCCAGCGGGUGAUUUAGGUCGGGUACACGCCGACAACGAUAGCGUCGCCGACUUUCAUUACAGCAACGACCGAAUCUCUUUGGUGCCAGGCCAUCCGACAAACAUCUUGGGAAGAGGACUAGUGGUAACAGCAGCGGGCAACGGUAGCUAUGCGAAAACGCCUUCCACGAUAGCGUGCGGUCCGAUAUUCGCCGAACAGCCUAGGAAAUAAGUUCACACAAAUCAUUGGUACAUAUCGAGUAACACCUGUUAC